CAAUCUUUAGAUUAGUUACUACCAAAAUUAAAUUGGCGUUAUCAAUACGAUAAGCACAGCACACUUUGUUUUUAAUUAGUCUUUUUAGCUCUAGUCUGAUUGGUAAUUAAAAUUAAAUUAUUAUGAAUGGGACUCUACAAAAAGGCCUUUUAUUAGUGCUGUGUGUGGCUUUUGGUAGUGCAGCCCUCAGUUCCUUGGUGAAAACCCACGAAAAUGUGAAAAGUUUGAAUUAUUCUCAGCAUUUUGAAAAUGAUACUAUAAGUAAAGUGAACGCGAAGAUCUACAAGACUGCCAACAAAUAUUACUGUAGCUUCCAGCCGGUGGAAAAUCCAGAACUGAUAAUUUAUGGCACAAAGUCAUGGUCGUUCCCGAAGCAAGACAUCAAUUUGACGCUCUCGUACCCAACGAAGAACGAGCCAACUCCCACCGGGGAUCCAAAGAAGACGUACAUCAUCACAGGGUUCAACGUGAUCCUCUUCGCAGAUACCAACGAGUCACAGGGGUUCAUCACUAGCGGGGGGAUUCUACAGGAGUCCAUCAACCUAACCUUCGAAUGCAGCGACGUCUCAAUGCUGGUAUACGAGUUCUGGCUGUACGGCAUUCCCAAAGGCACACACAACAUCGAAGUGGUGUCUGCCAGCUUGCUCACUUCGCUCAACGACUUGUGUGCUCCGAACGAACUUUACCACAAUUGAUAAUUUGCUAAAUACUUCUUUAUAUAUCAAUCUAUGACUCACAAAGGCACAUAUAACAUCGAAGUGGCGUCUGCCAGCUUGCUCACUUGGCUCAACGACUUGUGUGCUCCUAACGAACUUUACUACAACUGAUCAUCUGCUAAAUACUUAUUUUAAUUCUGACUCCAUGACUCUAGAUUGAGAUUGAGAAUAGUUGUUACAGGUCACAUUAAUAGGAGAAGAAAAUUCUUUUGAGGAGCCAAUAAAGGUAUUACAAAUUCAUUAGCUAACUAAGCUUUUCAACGGUGACUUUAAAAGAUUAUGCUGUCGGUAUAUUACGAUGUUAGGACUUUUAUGUAAAUAAAA